GCUCAGAGUAUUUCGCUCGUCGUCAGCCUGUUGCGUUCUCGGACACAGCCUCGAAUAGCAAUUCGAAGGAACAGAGCCUAGCUCCUUAGGCCAGCUUUAUAGCCCUCCAAUUAACAACUGAAAUUUCAACAUAAUUUCUGUGCGAAUUUUCACUCAAAAAUAUAUUCAAAUUUGGAAUUUAAGCUGAGUCCCAUUUCGUUUCAUUGCAGUCGCGCGUGAGCCCAUAAAAAUAAAAUAUUGGCCCUAAAACGUAAAUCUUGAAAACCAUAAAUAUUACCCAGUGUUAAGAUCAAACGAAAUUUUCUCACAGCCAAUUACCAAAGUGUGUGAAGAAAAAUUGUUAUCAAACGGCAAACACCAAACCAAUUUGAACGAAAAGUAACUUAUUUGCAUUUGGUGGCAUUCAACGCGUUGUUAAAGCAAACGUUUUUCACUUUGUGGAUUAAACCUAAUCAACGUAAUAACUGAAUGAUGAAAGCCACAGCGUGGUUUUGCCCGGUGUUAUUGACUUUACUCAGCGCCACGAGGCUCGUUUGCACCGCACAGCGUGGUGCGCCGGCAACAGCAGCGGGUGCUGCAGGCGGUGGCUCAGCCAACGGAUUUCCGCUGGACUAUUUGGAUGUACAGGCCGUACAGGAUGAGUACUCGCUGGCCAAGCGGAAUAAACCGUCGCUGUCCAUUGUCAAUCCGCUGGAUGUGCUGCGCCAGCGGCUGCUCCUGGAGAUUGCGCGCAGACAGAUGAAGGAGAACACUCGGCAGGUCGAAUUGAAUCGGGCCAUAUUGAAGAACGUUGGUAAACGUGUUUUCCUGGAGCCAGCGCCGUGGGGGAGCAUGCGACACAAGUUGCUGCAGCAACAGCAGCAGCAGCAGCAGGUGCAGCUAGAGCGGGAACGGGAGCGAGAGCAGCUGCGUCGCGAGCAGCUGCAGCAGCAGCAUUUCCCCAGUCAACUGUGGGGCUACAGUGGCAACCCAGCUGGUUCAUCCGAUCCCUCAACGGCCUCAGCGGCGUCACGGUUUUUUGAUUUUCUACACCGACCCGCAAAAGAGCAGCAGCAACAGCUGCUGCUUGACAAGUCCCUCAAGGAGGGCGUGGCCAAACAUCAUCAGUCAAACGGAAAUGAAAUUGCAAACGAUACAAAUCAUGAAAACGGCCAUCGCAAAAGCGCAACAGACCUGAUGUCUACUGAGGACGAACUGGAUAACUCUGGCGAGGAUCGAGACGAAAUGCUGUAUGAGCCCAACAUGAACUGGGCCAGCGAGCAGCACAUGGAUGAUAUGGACAGGUCGCUAGAAGCGGCUAACGGAAAUUCUCGAAUGCCGUGGCGUCUCAUCUAUCGCAUGCACAAAGCUUCGCACUAUGCUAAUUAAGUGUCAGCAGCCAAGGCUAAUGAAACAGAUACAGAUACAUAAACACACAGAUACAGAUACAGAUACAAAUACUGCUAUAGCUACAGAUACAGCUAAAGCUACAGCUACAACAGACAGCUUUAGACUUUAACUAGAUGUUCGUAGUUGCUAAAUUGACGGUUCCUAAUGGCUGGCUAUAAGGCAGACAUUUUGUGUGUGCAACCCUCCGAUGAAAACGAACCCCAACCACCCCACCAACCCUAUAAAUGUACACAUGGCUUACACCGACAACUCGCGCACUCUACUAACUAUUUGAAUUGAAACUAAAUGGCUUACGUAACGAUUCAUGCUACCUCUCUCUCAGAUGCAUAUGCAACACAAACCACUCGAAACGAACGUUCCCUAAACACUAAAAUAAU